AUGAACAGAUAUCGAAACGCCCCCGGCGCCCGAACAGGAACAGGCCCGUCAAAAGCCACUGCCUCGACGUUGUGCCAAAAAUGCCUUCAACGAGAUAUGUACUCUCAUCCCUACUCAUCGCGGCCUUAUUGCUUACCUGGACCACGUCACUAUAGCUAUGAAUGCAAGGCGACAACGCAACAAAGACCAUAUAUCUCAAGACCGUCACGCACGCAGCAACUACAAAAUCCAGACCUUGUCCCCAAGUUAACAUAUGAUGCCCCCAAGUCCUCAGACCAAAUAAGUGGUCUUGCAGACGAGAUUCUAGCCAAGCAAGAGCGAGAGCGCGGCAGGCAGCCAGAUUCAGAACUCGACGAUGACGACGACCUUUCUCGGCGCCGUAAAGACCGGUCUCCGAAGCGAAGGCGAUCUGCAUCGCUUCUCUCGUCUGCUUCUGUAUCCACGAUUUCGACAGAUCGUUCUCGUUCGCGAUCACCGGAUCUCAGAGACCGAGAGUCAAACAGCCGACGGAAAAGACAGUAUAGCCAUAGUUCCUCCGACAAAGCCGAUUCGCCUAUGUCUGCCGAGGAGACUCAGUCGCCAAACAUAGGACGUGAUACUGAGCGCAAUAUUCGAAGAAAGCGACAAGCCUCUAGUCCAGACGAGAGAGGCCGGCAACGAGGAUCACCGGUACGUGGAAGCCGGAAGGGUCGAUCACCUAGUCAAAGCAGAGAAAGGAGUCGCAUUGCAAGAGAGCGACGGUCAAUGACGCCAGAUGCAGUACGUUCUCAUGAUGUCGGGCGGAGGCCAAAACCGCAAAACGAACCUGUACAACGACGGCGAGAACGUAGUCUGAGUCCUUUUAGCAAGCGGCUUGCCCUCACCCAAGCCAUGAACAUGGGUAGAUAG